AUGAGGAAAGAUAUUAAGUAGAAACUUCUUAGAAUCAAAAAAAAGAAAAAGAAGGAUAAAAAAUAAUCAUAAAUAAAAAAUAUUAAAUUUCUAUUGAUUUUAACACAAUAUUAGCAAGGAUUGUAAAGUCAAUCAAAAGAUUAAAAAUAUAAAAGUAUUAUAAAAUAUAAUAGAAUAAAGCUAGAAUUUAUGCGCAGCGUCAUUCAAUAAACUUGGAAAUACUAAAGCUUAGUCAGCAAGUAUAUGAGAUAUAACUUCUCUUCUGCUGUUCAUGCUGAGCCUAUUGCUACAACUCAAUCAGCUAAUAAUUAGGAGAAAAAAUCAAAUAAGAAUGCAGAUUAGCCAAUUAAAGAAGUAGUUUAAAAAGAGUUUAAGAUUAAUAGAUUAAAUUACACUCCUCAUGAAUAUUGGAUUACUUAAGGUAUGGGAAUGGAGAGACCUUUUACUGGUGAUAAAUGGUUUGAAAAAGAUGUUGGUUAUUAUCACUGCACUGUUUGUAGCACUAAAUUAUUUACUUGGGAUCAUAAAUUCCAAACCCCUAAUGGUAUGACAUCUUUUUGGCACCAUGAAAAGAAUGCAGUUAAAGUUGUUGAAAACACUAACGGAAUUUAGGAAAGUUUUAUCAAUUUAGAAUCAACUCCUAGCUAAAUAAAUCAAAAUGCCCAAAAAUAAAGAGUUUGCUGCUCCAAAUGUUAAAGCAAUCUCGGAUUGGUCUUCUUUGAUGGUCCUCCUCCUACUUUCAAAAGAUUCUCUAUCAGCUCUGCAGCUAUUAAAUUUAUUAAAAAGGAACAUUGGGAAAAUCCUCAUCUCGUUUCUCGUAAGAGAAAAUUCAAGUUAAACACUGAAAAGGAAGUUGAAAGAAAGCGUGAAGUUUUAAAAUCAUAAUAAUAAGAUAUUGUUGCUAAUUCUUCUUCUUCUCAAACUUAAAAUUGA